GUCUACAGCCCGUUUCCCUUUUCCCGCGUCUGAUCUCAAAGUGAAACUCCACGCAACAACAUGGCGGAUGAAGAAACCGAAUCCAUCGUUAACCGUUGGAUUGUCGAUUAUUAUGUGUCUUUGGCGAUAGAGACAUUUAGAAGUGACCAAUACGAGGACUUUUGUGAAAUACGAAAUGUUAUUGAAUGUAUCUUGCACCGUCCAGUGGCAACCAAUACCGUCAUACCUACAAAGCUUGAGAUAUUGCAGAUACUCUCAAGGAUUAAUGAGGGUGAAAAUAUUGACCUGUCGUUUGAAACUGACAGCUCAGUAUCCCCUCUGGAAUCCGCACUGAAUCUUCUGGAAAAGAUGAGCGAGAAGAGUGAUGUUCCACAGAACGACUUGAAACAUCUUUGCACCUCAGUUAGAGAGAUGAUGAUGAUGAUUUUGAUUAAGAACAAGGAGUUUAACAGAGCAAAGGAGCUGCUGGGGAAACAUUUUAGCCAACCAAAGGUUGCCAAAAAAACGUUAUUCACAAGUCUCAUCAGUCUGAGGACCAACAAGCAUAAAGUCAUUGAAGAAAUGGACAUGAGGGAGCUAAAGGAGGAGGCGUUGACCUUUCUUCUGAAACUUUGCCCAUUCACUGUUCCUUUUCUUAGCAAGCAGACUGCAAAACAGCUUCUCAAAGAACGGGAUAAGCGAGGCUAUAACAGUACGACGGCUGAAGGACCAGAUAACGGCGUUGUGCUCAAUCCAGCCAGUCCAAAUAAAAACGUCACAGAGUUUACCCAGUUGCUCAUAAGUGAUUACUCAUUCAUCGAAAAGAGCAGACUGAUGUCAGCCUACCAGACUUUGGCUACAGGUGGACUUGUACUUUCCUUUUCACAACUGGAGGACAUAUUAGGAAACGAGAAGCUUGAAACAAGGUUUCUGGGAUCUGCCAGGGACGACACAAGUAAAGACCCAGAGCUUGACGAGCGGUUUCAGAGAGACUCUGGCAGCCCCGUGGAGGCUUCCCCGGCGGGCCCACAUGCUCAAAACGAUGUCCCUUCUCAGUCGAAGACCGGUUCACCACAAACCACAAACACAAGGAGGAAACGACAGCUUUACACCGUGUCAAAGUUUGUGAUGGAGCCGGACAGUCAGGAGAGCUCAGCUUCUCAGGCGCGGGAGGCUACAGUCAGAGGUGACGAGCAAGGACAGUCACAAAUUGUACCCAAUGCAGAUGAAGCGGUUGUCUGCACAAAGCGACCAAGACGGGUCACAAAGAGAUUUCCUGCCAAUGAGGCUGAAAAGUCUGCACAAAGUGAGGAGCAAUCGCCACCACCAGCUAGUGAGCAAGCACCUCAAACACAGCAUCAUAAUCAAAGUUCACCCAACAGAAAGUCCUCUGAACCAGAAGAACUGGCACUGAACAGUGAAGAUGAGGUGCAGGACUCUACAGUUAACUACAACAAAACUCCUGUGCAUAGAAAUACGGGAGCAGCAAACAAGGAUGAAGUGGUGAUCAUAGACUCACUGGAUAGGUCACCCUCUUCGGACGAUCAGGAAAGUUCCACUCCUACCAAGCAGGCACAGGACCCCAGGCCCGCCCACUCAAAAUGGAAGGACUUGUGUAGCAAGGCCAAGGAGACUAAGGUCGUUUGGAGUGAUGAUGAUGACAUACUUUGUGAUGAAUCAUCUGGCAGGAGUUCAUUUUCAGGACAAAAGAGGAGGAUAUGGACAGAAGAGGAAACAGAGAUGCUGAAAAAUGGAGUGAUAAAAUUUGGAGAGGGCAACUGGAGGAAGAUCAAGUCAUUAUACUCAUUCAAUGAUAGGACAAAUGUCCAGCUUAAGGACCGGUGGAGAACAAUGAAGAAGUUAAACUUGGUGUGAGUGGUUCUUAAAAGGUGAAUAUUAUACAAUGUGCAACUCCUCAAAAGAAGCUUAACUUAAUUGUAAAUGUAAGUGUCACAUUUAUUUUUCUCAUUUUAUUUUGUACACUUUUAGAAUUUGUUUACAAAGAAUAUGAUGCUAAAGAUCCACCUGUAUUUGAAACAUCCACCCAUUUGUGUUUUUUACUGAAUCCUUUGUAGAAAGUAGACAUAUUCUAGACACUUAAAUAAAUAUUCAGGGUUGAUUCAUAAAGUUGUUCCUAUUCCUUUCAAAUCAAAUUACACAAUUGCAUUUCCAACACGAUUAGGAUUUAUUUUCAACAAUGUCAGGUAUCAAAAAAUAUGCAAAUGCCUGCAAGGUACUGCAGCAGCUGACAAAACAGCUAAACCUAAUGAAGUGAAGGUCCAACCAUGUGAAAGAAUCUGGAUUUAAGUUAAAGUGUCUUCAGUCCUUAUGAACUCUCCCACAUCAGCCUGGUGGAACACGACAAUGGACAUGGGGUCCACUCGUCUGCACUCCUGCGUGGUCUUGGCUGCUACUCCAAAACCCUGGCAAGAAAACAUCAAUCCCAAUUGAUGUCUGCAUACACAUGUACAGUGUGACAGUUGUCAUGGCAACACGACUCCUAGAGCCAACCUACCAGAGGCACAUCCGCCAUGGAGUAGACCACCACACCUUGGUACCGCGCCGUGUUCUCUGUGAUCCUCCCCAUACCGGAUUUUAGGAUGUGGUUCCCGUAGAGGAAAGACUGCUCUGCUCCAGGUCUCACCCACACUUUGAACUUCACAAAGAUAUGAACAAAUAAGGAUCAGAAGAUAUUGAUAUUAGGGCUAAUCAACUGGCGGCCGGUGGACCAAAUCCGGCCAGUGAGUUCAUUUCAAUUAAUUGACAUUUUUGCAGUAGGUUAAGGGAUAUUCAAGUAAAUUGCUUUGAGGCCACAUUUCCAGAAAGCUAAAGCCUUGGGGCCCGGACUUCUACCCUCACUAUUAGUCCCAUGUUGUAUAUUCUGCAGAACCAGCAUCCUCUACAGUAGACAUUUUAUUUUGGUCUAUUUAAUGGUAGAGUUACAAAAGCGCUCUGUUUUAGGGACCUUCUGCCAAAAUGAGUCUCUCAAAUUUUUUACCUGAACUCAUGGGCCCUAAUGAUGAAAAAGAGAACACAUGAAAUGUAACUUUGAGGAACACUACUAAUAUAACUAAAGAAGUUGGAACAAAUGACUACUGAUGGCAUCUGAAUUAAACAAGCUACAGA